ACCACGGACAUUUCACAGUCAAAGCCCAAAAAUCAAAAAAGCAAAAAUGAAAAGCGUUCUCCGUUUAGCGACACUCCUGGUUAUCCUGGCCCUGGCCUGUGCCUAUUCCUCCUCGUCCUCUAGCAGUUCCCCCAAGGUGUGUCUGCUCCAGGACUGCAACUGGAGCUCAACCACAAACAGUUGUGGCAAAUACGGAAAAUCGAAUCUGUGCACCCGCUUCAAGAACAGUUGCAGGAUGCGUUACGAGUCCUGUGUGAGCUCCACCACCUACACCUCAGUCAGCUUGUCCCAGUGCUCGGGCAUCAGUGUGGGAGCACGUGGAAUUUGCGGAGGAUCCUCCUCUUCCUCGUCCUCAUCAUCCUCGAAUGUGGUACCAAUUAUUAUACGUCGCGGUUGA